CAAAUGAAUGGAAAGCGAGUCAAUCAAAUGUCAGGGAGAGCUACAGUUCAACCAGCCUACUAACUGGGAGCUCAAUCAAUAAUUGAAUCAACGUGUCAAUAACUAAUGCUCAACAGUGCCUCCAGAUUUUGGGAAAUGAUGAGGCAAAUGUUUGUACUUUGUCUUGGUUUCACAACUGCUUUGUUUUUUUUAUGCCACAUGUGACUGUGUGUACACAUUGUGGGAAAUCCUGGCACAAAAGGAGAAGCUAUGGCCUACUUAAGGUCAGGACACAAAAAGGAGAGUCAUAUUUGGACUACAACAGUGAAAAAUGAACAGUUUAUGGUUCAACAUGGGAUUUUUUGUCCACUGGAGCUGGUUAGCUGCUCUUCCAUGUAUCCUCUGCUUGGGAGCUGAAGUUCAGGUUGAUUGCACAGAGGAAGGUAUGCAAAUUCAAGGAGGUCAUUAUACACUGACCAAGCAACUGCAGUCAGGGAGCUUGUUGGUCUACCACUGUCCUGAGGGCUACUAUCCAUUCCCUGUUUUGACCCGCCUCUGCGGUUCUAAUGGCACCUGGAGACCAGCACCCAAAAAAUUCAAACCUCAGAGAUGCAGGCUUGUUGAAUGCCCAGACCCCAAUGUGCUUGAGGACGGAAACGUCUUCCCUCCUCAGGAGAAGUACUUUGUGGACAAUGAGACCACGUAUGAGUGCUACUCUGGAUAUACAAUGCGAGGCUCAAACAGACGGGUUUGCUUACCAAACGGGAAGUGGAGCGGCUCCACGCCUAUCUGUAGCCGUGACUCAGGAGAUAAUUGUGCUGAUCCUGGUAUCCCAGCUGGCGCCUCAAGAACAGGGCAUUUAUUUGAAAUUGAUGACAAAGUGAAAUACAGCUGCAACGGUGACCUGUUUUUGGUGGGGACGAGAGAAAGAGUGUGUCAGGAGAACGGCCAGUGGACCGGCAAAGAGCCAGCAUGUUACUACAAACACACCUAUGACACUCCACUGGAGGUUUCAGAGGCAUUUGGCAGUGCGAUCAAAGACACUCUCACCAUUUUAGAGCCCAUCGAUGACACACAGGAGGGGAGAAAAAUCCGGAUUUCAAAAAAUGGGACACUUAACAUCUAUAUCGCUGUGGAUAUUUCUGAGAGCAUAGAGGAGAAACACUUCACUGAUGCAAAAGACGCUGUCGCAACACUUAUUUCGAAGAUUUCAUCCUUUAGUGUGACUCCAAACUAUCAAAUCCUCUUUUUCUCUGCUGAUAUAUUUGAAAUUGUCAGCAUUCUUGAUUUUCUGGAUGGCCAAAUAACGCUAAGCACCGUCCAGAAAGAACUGGAAAAAUUUAAAGUACUUGACAGAAACACUGCUGGAACAGAUCUGAAUCUUGUCUUUAAGACCUUCUUGGAGCGAAUGGCUAUCAUAAAGCAACGAACUGGAGCGGACUUUAAGGAACAUCGUCAUGUCCUCAUCAUUUUUACAGACGGUGCUUAUAAUAUGGGCGGUUCACCUGCACCCACUGUGGCGAAAAUAAAGAACAUGGUAUACAUGAACCAUACUAGUGGACAAGAGGCUCAGUCAAGAGAAGAGUUUCUCGACAUUUAUAUUUUUGCCAUUGGAGCUGAACUCUUUGAUGAUGACCUACAGCCGCUCACAGCAGGAACCGGUGGCCAGCAUUACUUCAGAAUGAAGGACAUUAAAAAUUUGCAAGAGACCUUUGAUGAAAUAAUUGAUGAAGAAGAAGUUAAGGGUCUAUGUGGUCUUCACAAGGAUUAUCCCACAAUUGGCAAAGACAGCAAGAGGAAGAUGUAUCCAUGGAUGGCAUACAUUGUUGUCCAGAAUGAAGGAACGAAGAAAUGCCUUGGCUCUCUGGUAACCCCGAAGUUUGUUUUAACUGCUGCACACUGCUUCAAAUUUGGUGAUUUACCUGAGCACGUCAUGGUUGAGAUUGAUGAUGGACAGGGCAAAGUGAAAAAAGUUAAGACUUUCAAAAUACACCCAAACUACAAUAUUAAUGGUAAACAGAAUGAGGGUGUAAAGGAGUUCUAUGACUAUGAUGUGGCUCUCAUUCAACUGGAGAAUGAUGUUCAAAUCUCCUCUGCCGUCCGACCUAUUUGCAUACCUUGCACCCAGGAGACCAGCGAUGCUCUGCAACUGGUUGGUGAAUCCACCUGCAAGGAACAAGAGCAGCGUCUGUUUAAGGAUCAUCUUGAAAAGCUCCAUUUCCUGACCAAGACAAGAACCUCGAUAGAAGAAAAAGAUGCCCAUGCUAAGCUUGGCGAUAUUAGAGAUAAUUGCAUCAGACAUGCACUAGAGGCAAACGGGAUAACAACGGAUAAUCCAAAAGUUGCUGUGACUGAUAACUUCCUGUGCACUGGUGGUCGGAAUCCUUAUAGAGAUCAUAUAGCAUGUCCAGGCGACUCUGGAGGAGCUGUGUUCAAGAACUAUGAACAUCGCACAAUACAGGUUGCCUUGGUCAGCUGGGGAAACAAGAAUCUUUGCAAAAAGGAAAGUAUCCCCGAGUCAGAUGAAACCUCCAGAGAUUUCCAUAUUAAUCUUUUCAGAGUUGUCCCUUUUCUCAAAUCUAUCCUUGGAAAUGACACCCAGGAUGACUAUGCACCACUUCAGUUUUUGAAGAACUAAAUGCAUUUUCACAGUGAAAUUAGUUUUGCAAUUUCAGUUAUAUGAUUUGUGUACACUGUAUGUUUAAAAAAAUUGGCUUAUAUAUUUUUUACGGUUUGAUCACAGAUGAUUGAAUUCAUCCAACACUCAUUCAGUCAUUUCUUUCAGACUGUGAGUUCAGAAUGUAAAAUAUAUAAAAGAAAAACAGAACAUUUUCUCUUCAAAAGCAAACACCUUCACAAAAAGGCAUCAUAAUUUCAAAACCUUUCGGCAUCAUCUUCUAAAAAGGCACCAUUAUAGUCAUGCAAAUAGUUAUGAGUUAUGCUUUUCUGUAUUUUAUCCAGUCUGCACAUACAUUUAUGCAUCAUUUAUUCAGCAUUUUCAGUGGUCAAGCAGUAUGUAAAGAAGUUAAUAAAUCAGAAUUAACCUGGGUCUUGAUUUUUCCUUGAAGAGAAGCUAAUCCAACUGGUUAACACACUUGGAGUCAGGGUCUAAUCUAUCUACAGUUCAUACAGUGCUUAGCUAUUCAUUUAAUAUUGCUGACUUUUAAGCUAUUGUUGCCAGUGUUGCAAGACAAUCAGCAGAACUCCUUUAUGUUGUGUUGUUUAUGAUUUUUGUAUCAUUGUGAUAAUUUACUUUUAUUUGUCAGGUAAAGAAAAAAGAAAAAAAACUAGAAAAGCCGAAACAGACAUUCUUGUCUAUAAUUGGAAGCAGAAACAUUGUUAUCAUAAUUUAUAUGACGUACUGUUUAUGCAUUCACAAUCACAGGUUAUUAAACAAUUUCCUUCUCUCAAGCCUUUUCCAAACCUGCAUAAAAAAAGGGGACGACCAAAAGAAUUACUACAGCAUUUAAAGGGUUUCAUCAAAACUCUUAUGGAUGCUCAGCUCUACUGAGUCGUCCAGCUCCCUGUCAGGUCGGGGACUCAGGGCCUGUUUCCAACUCUCUGUGCUGGCCUACGCACUGCGGACACUCAGUCUGGCAGCAUGCCAACUCAAAUCAUUCAAAUUGGAUUUAAGGGAAAGAUAAGUUCUUUUCUUUUUGCUGUGUAAUUAAGCUUUUUCUUUCUCUUUCUGGCUUUGAGAUGGUAAUGAACUGAGUUUGUCAUUCAUUGCCCUGUUUUUCAGCCCAGAAACAAUCAAGGCCAUUGAAUUACGAAUGAUUUGUUGUGGUCAAAGCCAGUUUAUGGCUUCAAAUCAUGUUAUUUUACUGUGUAACUAUGAUCUGUUGACCAUUAUGCUGUCAGGCUUUGCCUCAGUGUAAAUUUACAUUUAGCAGUCCUCUUUACUAAUGCAUAUUGGCUAAAUGUCCAGCAUCAAAGAACGGUGGUGAAUUUUCAACAUCAACAUUAGGUUUCUCUGACAUGGUGAUCCUUGUGUGUGAGGUAGUGUGUGCACGUGUGUGUGGUGCAGCGUUGGGUCAGUGAUGUACUGGUUGCCCAUGGGAACAUUCUUCUGGUUUGCCUUUAACUAAUUGGGAGAGAGGGAGGAGGUCAGUGGGAUGGGGAAGGGAGGCAGAGACAGAAGACAGACUACGUGAGAGGAGGGACGGGUGGGAGAGGCGUAAUUGAAUGAAACCCUCCCCUGGUCUCAGAUGCUGUAAACAAGAAGGAAACUUAAAACGAGGACCAUUCCUUAUUGAAUCCUCCUGGAGGACUCAGGAGCCUCUCUGUCUUUUCUUUUAUUGUUUAGAGCUUCACAUGAUAAUGCCAACGUCCUGUACCCUGCUUUCAAUUUAAACAAAGCUGAAAUAAAUCUACACCUAAACUGAUUAGCAGUGUUUGGAUAGAGCAGCAUGCAUCUGGACAGUAUAUUCAGGCCCCCACCCCCCUCACCCCCGCUGCCUAUUCAACGUUAGCACACACAGCAUAUUCCUGAUGAAGCAUCCUACGGUUUUAACUCUGGCUGAUCUGUCUCUCUGCAAGCUCUAAAUCAACCUUAUGGGCCAUUUUAGAAAUUACUACUAUUAAGAACUGCACACAUACACUUUUCCCCCAUUUGUGCUUAGAAAAGCAGGUAAUGCUGACAUGCAACUAUGGUUUCUGCUGAUCCUGAUGCUUGAAUAUGAAAUUAUAGAUAGGGUAGGAGAUCUCUAACCCAUCUAUAAUCUAAACUAUAAUGUCAAAUUAUUCACCAAUCUUAAACAAAAAGUUAGACAUUUUGGGGAAAUAUCUGCUGUUUUACUGAGAGUUAGAUUAGAAGAAUGACACCACUAAUGUCUGUUCAGUAAAUAGGAAGCUACAACGAGCAGCUGCUUAGCUUAGUUUAGCACAACGACUGCAAUCAGAGGGAAACAGGUAGCCUGGCUUUUCCAAAGAUAACAAAAUCCACUUACCUGCAUCUCUAAAGCUUACUAAUAUGUUAUAUGUUGUUUUUUUAAUCAGAUAUGUAACAUGUUUACUGUGAGCUUUAGAGGUGGCUGGCUAACUUCCGUUCUGUAGCUGUUUUUCCAUUUCCACGCUUUAUGCUAAGCUAACCAAAUUACUCUAGCUUCGUACUUAGCGUACAGACAUUAGAGUGAUAUUGAUUGAGUGAUAUAUUAAAUUCUCAACAAGUCAGCGAAUAUGAAUAAUUCCCCAAAAUGUCAAACUAACAUAAUACUUUUUUUUAAAAUUAAAUUUAAA